AUGGAAUCAAGCGACUCCGGCAAGUGGAAAGAAGCGUGUGACUCGGAGUUCGAUUCGCUUCAGAGAAACGACACGUGGGAAAUCGUGCCUCUUCCGAAAGGUCGCAAGGCCAUCGGGUGCCGAUGGGUUUUUCGUGUAAAGGAGAAUCAAGAUGGCGAAGUUGAACGUUUCAAGGCAAGACUUGUGGCCAAAGGAUUCUCACAGAAAUUCGGAGUUGACUAUGAAGAAACUUUCGCACCGGUGGCCAAGUUCACAUCGAUUCGUGUGGUGCUCAGUAUGGCCGCUAAGUACGGCCUAAUGCUACAUCAGAUGGACGUCAAGACAGCGUUUCUUAACGGCUCCCUCAACGAAGACAUCUACAUGGACCAGCCGGACGGAUACCUGGAUGCAACACAGCCGGACUAUGUGUGCAAGCUAAAGAGAUCACUCUACGGCUUGAAGCAAUCGCCUCGCAUGUGGAACCAAACAAUCGAUGGGUUCAUGAUCAAGAUGGGAUUCAAGAAGUGCGAAUCGGACCACUGCAUCUACAUCAAGCGAGACGACCAAGACAUGAUUCUCGUGGUGCUCUACGUCGAUGAUCUCAUCCUGGCCAGCAGCAACAACGAACUCCUCAAGUCAACCAAGAUGGCGCUGAGCAAACGCUUCGAAAUGACGGAUCUCGGUGAGCUCGAUUACUUUCUCGGCAUGGAGAUCAAGAACGACCGUAAGACGGGAAUGGUGACUGUACAACAAACCAAGUUUUUCAAGUCCGUGUUAACCAAGUUCGGAAUGGAUAACAGCAAGCCAGUGAAGACGCCUCAAGAUCCCGGCCUGAAGCUAACCAAGAACAUGUGUGAACAAGAAUGCAAGCACGAAGACACCAUGUGCAACGUGCCAUAUCGAAGUGCUGUCGGAGGCAUCAUGUAUCUCAUGGUCGCCACACGUCCGGAUCUAGCUGCUGCAGUGGGAUCAUUAUCCCAGUUCUCGUCCGACCCAUGCCCGACUCACUGGCAAGCUUUGAAGCGUGUGCUGAGAUACCUGAAAGCAACGCCCAAUCAUGGUCUUGAGUUUACACGUGAAGAAGGAAGCCGUAUCUGCGGGUACACCGACGCAGACUGGGCCGGCGACAUUGAGUCAAGACGAAGUACAAGCGGCUAUGUGUUCAUGAUGAGCGGAGGAUGCAUCAGCUGGAAAAGCCAGAAACAACGGACGGUCGCGCUAUCUUCAACAGAAGCAGAAUACAUGGCGCUUUCCGAAGCAACCAAAGAAGCAGUAUGGCUCAAAGUGCUUUUGGGGGAGCUUGGUGAGAUGACAAGCGACGAAGCGAUCAAGAUGUAUGAAGACAACCAAGGAUCAAUCGCUCUCGCCAAGAACCCGGAGUUCCAUAAGAGAACAAAACACAUCGACAUACGCUACCAUUUUGUGCGUGAGAAGGUGGAAUCAGGUGAAGUCGUUUUGGAGUAUUGCCCGACUCAAGAUAUGCUGGCAGACAUGAUGACCAAGCCGAUCGCCGCUGUACAAUUUGAAAACAUUCGCGAUCGACUUGGGAUCCAAGGUGCCGCAGCUAACGAGUCGAGAGGGAGUGUUGAAAAGACAGCGGCUGUGAAGAAGACACCUCGUCAAGCUGCGUCAAGUGUUGAAGCAAGUGGAAGACCAAGCUUCGCUAUACCGGUGGGUACCGGUAUGUACCAGUAA